GGGGGAGCGGAGCCGUGCCGUGCCGUGCCGCGCCGCCCGGGCUCGCCAUUCGCCGCCGUGCCGCUCCGCCGGCGGGGCUGGAGGAGGAGGAGGCGCUUUGUUCCUCCCCGGGCUCCCGCUGCCGCCGCCGCCGCUGCUGCCGCCGCCGCGCACCGGGCUCGAGCCGAGCGGGAGUGAUCUUGGGUAGCGCGCGAGGGAGCCGGCGGGGACCGUCCUGGGCGCAGGCAGGUGGAGGAUGAACGGCGAAGCCGAGUGCCCUGCAGACUUGGAAAUGACAGCUCCCAAAAACCAAGACCGCUGGUCUCAGGAGGACAUGCUGACUCUGCUGGAGUGCAUGAAGAAUAACCUGCCCUCUAACGACGGGAGCAAGUUCAAAACCACCGAGUCCCACCUGGAUUGGGAGAAAGUGGCUUUCAAGGACUUCUCGGGGGAGAUGUGCAAGAUGAAGUGGAUGGAGAUUUCUAACGAGGUGAGGAAGUUUCGGACCCUCACGGAGCUCAUUAUGGAUGCUGAAGAGCACGUGAAGAAUCCUUACAAGGGCAAAAAGCUCAAGAAACACCCUGACUUCCCCAAGAAGCCCCUGACUCCCUAUUUCCGCUUCUUCAUGGAGAAGCGGGCCAAAUAUGCCAAGCUUCACCCUGAAAUGAGCAACCUGGAUCUCACGAAGAUCCUGUCCAAGAAAUACAAGGAGCUUCCCGAGAAGAAAAAGAUGAAAUACAUCCAGGACUUCCAGCGAGAGAAGCAGGAGUUUGAGAGGAACCUGGCGAGGUUCAGGGAAGAUCACCCGGAUCUCAUCCAGAACGCCAAGAAAUCUGACGUCCCUGAAAAACCCAAGACCCCCCAGCAACUGUGGUACAACCACGAGAAGAAGAUCUACUUGAAAGUGCGUCCAGAUGUGAGUACGGCCACCACGAAGGAGGUGAAAGAGUCGCUGGGCAAGCAGUGGUCUCAACUCUCGGAUAAAAAGAGGCUGAAAUGGAUUCAUAAGGCCCUGGAACAGCGGAAGGAGUAUGAGGAGAUCAUGCGUGACUACAUCCAGAAGCACCCCGAGCUGAACAUCAGCGAGGAGGGCAUCACCCGCUCCACCCUCACCAAGGCUGAGCGCCAGCUCAAGGACAAGUUUGAUGGACGACCCACAAAGCCACCUCCGAAUAGCUACUCCCUGUACUGUGCAGAGCUGAUGGCCAACAUGAAAGACGUGCCCAGCACCGAGCGGAUGGUGCUGUGCAGCCAGCAGUGGAAACUGCUCUCCCAGAAGGAAAAGGACGCGUACCACAAAAAGUGUGAUCAGAAAAAGAAAGACUACGAGAUUGAGCUCCUCCGCUUCCUGGAGAGCCUGCCCGAGGAGGAGCAGCAGCGGGUGCUAGGCGAGGAGAAGAUGCUGGGCAGCAACCGGAAAGGGGCGACGAGUCCUGCAUCCAAAAAGUCCUCACCAGAGACCGGCAAGGCCAGCUCAGAGAAGCCCAAACGACCCAUCUCCGCCAUGUUCAUCUUCUCGGAGGAGAAGCGGAAGCAGCUGCAGGAGGAGCGGCCGGAGCUGUCGGAGAGCGAGCUGACCCGGCUCCUGGCCCGCAUGUGGAAUGACCUCUCCGAGAAGAAGAAGGCCAAGUACAAAGCGCGGGAGGCAGCAAUGAAGGCACAGUCGGAGAAGAAGCACGGCUCAGAUAAAGAAGAGCGUGGGAAGCUGCCCGAGUCUCCCAAGACAGCCGAGGAGAUCUGGCAACAGAGCGUCAUCGGAGACUAUCUGGCUCGUUUCAAGAACGACCGGGGGAAGGCGCUGAAGGCCAUGGAGGCCACUUGGAACAACAUGGAGAAGAAGGAGAAGCUGAUGUGGAUCAAGAAAGCGGCGGAGGAUCAGAAGCGAUACGAGAGGGAGCUGAGCGAGAUGCGGGCCCCUCCGUGCUCCACCAACUCCGCCAAGAAAAUGAAGUUCCAGGGAGAGCCGAAGAAACCCCCCAUGAACGGUUACCAGAAAUUCUCCCAGGAGCUGCUGUCAAACGGGGAGCUGAACCACCUCCCGCUGAAGGAGCGGAUGGUGGAGAUCGGCAGCCGCUGGCAGCGCAUCUCCCAGGGCCAGAAGGACCACUACAAAAAGCUGGCGGAGGAGCAGCAGAAACAGUACAAGGUGCACCUCGACAUCUGGCUCAAGAGCCUCUCGCCCCAGGAGCGGGCUGCCUACAAAGAACACACUUCCAACAAACGCAAGAGCAUAGGGAAGAUCCGGGGUCCCAACCCCAAGAUGAAGCCAACGAUGCAGUCCAAGUCGGAGUCAGAGGACGAUGACGAGGAGGAAGAGGAGGAAGAAGACGAUGAUGAAGAUGAGGAUGACGACGACGACAACGGUGACUCGUCAGAGGAAGGCGGCGACUCCUCGGAGUCCAGCAGCGAGGAGGAGAGCGAAGAUGGGGAUGAGUGUGAAUGCCGAGUAAGUCACCAGAGUCAAAGUUUUACACCGGUGCAACUGAAAUCAGACUAUGCUGGAUGGCGCUGGGGCCAGAAACCGUGUCCGUGCCUUGUGCUCGCCACCGGACAGAACGACGAGGAUGACGAGGACGAGGAUGAUGAGGAUGAGGACGACAACGACUCGGAGGGCAGCAGCAGUUCCUCCUCCUCCUCGGGGGACUCCUCCGACUCCGACUCCAACUGAUCCGGCCAAGCUCUUAGUAACGUCGUUUGGUUUCUCGGUUUUGGUCCCAAAUCCCCCUCCUAGCCCCCCAAAAACCCUUCUUCCUCUUCUUCCUGCCCCUCCCGGUGAGCCACAGCCCCCCAUGGGACCCCCCCAACCCGGGGAGCGGGGGCCGGAGGGACCCCUCCGCCGAGCUCACACUACGGAGGGGGAGCCGGGGGCCGCUCCCCCCCUGGGCCGGGGGGAGAGAAGGGGGCGAGCCCCCCUGUCCCUCCCGCCCCCUCUUUACUCUCCCCUUACCAAGGGAGGGGAAGCGAUUUUUUUUUUUUUUUUUUUUUUUU